CCUAUCUAGUUGGCUCAUAGCUAUAUUCUGCAAGUGUAUAUUUAUUAUAUACACAUCGUCAUUUGUGUAGAAUUGGUAUCAUUAGUCCACGAUGACUGCUGGUGAAAAACGUACUUCAGAAGCCUUGGAUCAACCUGAGUCCAAGAAGGUUCAUGUCGAAAGAGGCAUGGCUGCCAUCAAACCAGAAUUCAUAGUACAGAAAGAUCGCAUUGUAGAUUCUUUUGACGACGAUGAAGCUGAAGGUGGAGAAAGAGGUGUCGAAGAAGGUAAAUCUGGGAAAGGAGGAAAGAAAAAGAGAAGAGGACAGAACAAGAACAGAGACUUGAAGCAGAAGAGAGAAGAAAUCAGAUUAUGUACUUCUCUCUUAGACCCCGACAAUAUCAAAACUUGUGCAUAUGGACCAGAGCAGUGUCGGAGUACACAUAAUGUCGAGGAGUAUCUUGCCUCCAAGCCCGUUGACAUUGAAGGAAUCUGCCCUGUCUUCAGAGCCAUUGGAUACUGUCCAGCUGGAUUGAAAUGCAGAUGGUUGCAAUCUCAUUAUGACAAGGAGACCCGCAAGUUAAUUAAGGACUUAGGUAGAACCGAGGCCAGUAAAAUAGAAUUGAACUAUGAAGUGAACAAUGUCUCCCACGAAGCCAGAGGUAAGUUGAGAAAGAAACAAUAUGACUUCGCUAUUGCUGGCAAAGUAAUUGAGUACAUCGACUCUACAGUUCAGAACGACGAAAACAUCGCAAACGCUAAGGAGCAGAGAAAGAAUAACGAAGCAACUUAUGUUGACGCACCUUACAAGAUCGCUGAAAAGAAAAGACUUGACUUCAGAAACGCUAAGAUCGUCUCUCCUUUGACUACUGUAGGGAACUUGCCAUACCGUAGACUUAUGAAGAAAUUGGGAGCUGAUAUCACCUACUCAGAGAUGGCACUUUCUGUUCCAUUGCUUCAGGCAACCAAUGCUGAAUGGGCUCUUCCAAAGGCUCACCGUACCGAAUAUCCAGGCUACGGUGUUCAAAUCGCAACAUCCAAACACUGGGCUGCUGCCAAAGUAGCCGAAAUUAUCUCCAGAGAAACCGAACAUGUCUCUGAACUCAACUUGAACUGUGGGUGUCCUAUUGAUCUUUUGUAUAGACAAGGCCAGGGAUCUGCUCUUUUGGAGCAGCCAGCUAGAUUGGUGAGAAUCUUGAAGGCUAUGAACGCCUCUUCAGGUGACAUCCCAGUCACUGUCAAGAUCAGAACGGGAUCUAAAGAAAACAAGAACACUGCAAAAACCCUUGUCGAACGUUUACUAGCAGAAAACGAUGUGGCUGCUAUCACUUUGCAUGGUCGUUCAAGGCAGCAGCGUUACACCAAAGAAGCCGACUGGAACUACAUUGCUGAAGUUGGACAGGUUGUGCAACAAUGGAACGACAAGAAGGAAGAAAACAAGGACAGUCGCGAUACGCAGAGAACUUGUUUUGUGGGUAAUGGCGAUGUUUUCUCUCAUGUAGAUUGGUACAAUGCUGUCAACACCGAUGGUAUCGACUCAGUCAUGGUGGCUAGAGGUGCCUUGAUCAAGCCAUGGAUCUUUGAGGAAGUUGAGGCUCAACAGUAUUUGGACAAGACUGCUACAGAAAGACUCGAUAUCUUGAAGACUUUCUCUGAUUAUGCUCUUGAACAUUGGGGUACUGAUGAAUAUGGUGUAGGAUUGGCCAGACGGUUCAUGUGUGAGUUCUUGAGUUUCACCCAUAGAUACAUCCCAUUGGGUAUCUUGGAAAGGCUUCCUCCUAAGAUCAACGAGAGACCACCACAAUGGAAGGGUAGAAACGAGAUGGAAACUUUGCUUGGAUCUACAGACUACAAAGACUGGAUCAAAAUCACCGAGAUGUUCUUGGGCAAGUCUGGGGACGACUUUGUGUUCACACCUAAGCACAAGAGUAACUCCUACGAAAAGUCGAACUAAAUAACAAGGAUACAUUUGAAAAUACAUAGUAGCGACAAAGCAAUCUCAUAAGAAUU